ACGUUAUUUAGCCCACGGACAAGUUAAGUGCUCAGGUUUUCUUUGUGUAUGUUUAACAUUCCUUCUAUACAGCGAACGCUUUGUCAGACGGUUCAUUAUAAAAGUUUAAACGCUGAAAACAUUUAGCAGGUGUUUUAUUGAUUUGCAAGUGAACGAAAUUUAGGGAUAUUUAUCUCGUUAUAGCCCAGUGAUCAAUCAAAGAUUAUGUGACGAUUUCGAGUUUUAGACGUUUUUUGGAUUAUUUAAUCAGAGAUAAACAGUGUGCUAUAUAUGAGCAUGAUUCAUAUAUAAGACAUUAGACCCCAAAUAAAGUCGCGACAUUUUGAGUGUUUAACAUGGAUCUACCAAAAUUCCUGUGUUGUUUGGGUCUUUUCCUCGAAACAUAUCAACUGGUCUUCUGCUCCGAGUUUUUCGCGGACAAUCGUUUACAGCAGACGAUGAUUGUUGACCACCACAACAAACGCAAACAGGCAGAAAUGCAGCACGAAAUUUUGACGUUACUCGGCCUACACCAACGUCCGAACAUCGUGAAACACGAAUACGAAAAUUCGGCACCAAAGUUCAUGAUUACCCUGUAUAAUUCGCUGCUUAACGAAGACGGAGAAACAGUAACAGACGACAUAGAGUUCCACAGUAGAGUCAACCUUACAUUGGGAAAAGCCAUAGAACACAUAAAUGGAACUGACGUCAUACGUAGUUUUAUUAACCACGCAAGCAAGAUACCCCACUUGCGUCACGACCGGGACAUCACUUUCUACUUUGACACGACUGACGUCGCCAUGUCGGAGCUCGUCAUGGGGGCCGAGUUCCGGUUGUAUAAGGAGGGCCGGAAGUCCCGAGAUGCCGACUGUAGGAUCGAGAUCUUUCGUAUAGCACAGGGACAUGAUCUUGAUUCCAGAGACAAGAUUCUGGAACCGGAAGCGAACGUGACGAUCCCCUGGGACUUCGAGGGUUGGGUAAACAUGAACGUGACUCGGGCCCUCUCGCUGUGGUCUUACAUCCCCUCUACCAACCUGGGGCUCUACAUAAAGGUCACUUCACUUGGGGGUGAACCCCGCCAAAUCGAACCUGCGAAAUUUGGAAUCGUCGGGCGCCGAGGGCCGGAAGACCAACAAGCUUUCCUCGUUGGUUUCUUCAAAAUGGCGCGUGAGGUCAAAGUUCGCGUCCGGCGGUCGGCAGAGACUAAGGACAACGAAACACCUAACGAGUCCGAGAACUACUAUUACUGGGGCGGGGACAGCUACUCGAUGGACAACUACCGGAAGAGCGCCUGUCAGCGCCACACUCUGUACGUGAGCUUCCGGAGCCUCGGAUGGCAGGACUGGAUUAUUGCCCCUGAUGGUUACGCGGCGUUUUACUGUGGCGGUGAGUGCACCUUUCCGCUAGGCUCCCAGAUGAACGCGACUAAUCACGCCAUCGUCCAGACGCUUGUACAUCUCACACGGCCCUACCAGAUUCCCAAGCCAUGCUGCGCACCGACGAAAUUGUCAUCGAUCCAAGUUCUUUACUUUGAUGAAAAAUCGAACGUCGUGUUGAAGAAGUACAAAAACAUGAAAGUGAAGGCCUGCGGGUGCCAUUAGUUUGUGAGGGACAGUUAUUCGCGGCUUGAAAAGGGACAGCAAACUUUACUAAUAUCACAUGUACUUUACGCGCGUGAAACAUUUUACGAUGCACGUGCAACGAAAUUGUUAUGGACCUUAAUCCGCGGAACUUUCAACGGAACAGAGAUUCCAUUAGGAAAUGGAGGUGUUUAAAGACGUUAAUUUUCAAAACGUAUACCAUUUAAUUAGCCUCGCUCUGGGAAAACGGGGCUUAAUGCAUAUGCGUAGGUGUCGUCCCAGAUAAGCAUGUGCAGACCGCAAUGGCUAAUCAAGGACGUCAUUUUCCGCUUGUAUCGUAUUUUAUUUUAAAGGAAGUAUCUUGACAUUUUCUAAACGAAAACCCACUACAGGCGGAAAGGGUCCUCCCUGAUUGGUUUGUGCGGACUGCACAAGCUAACCUGGGAUGACACUUUACGCUGAUGUAUAAGACCCGUAAGACCUUUUUUCCCAGACCGCUGCUGUAAUAAUAACCUUACAAUGAAAACCAGGUAGUGAGGAAACUUUAAAGAGAACUUUCUGAACAUAAAGUUUUCGUUGAAAUAAUUUAUUUGAUCUAAUAUAGAAACACAUUUAAUAUGUUGAACUUAGUACACAUUCAUCGAAAUAGCCAUGACCGGAUUUUGUGCCAUCGAUUGUAUCAUUAACCAUUUGUCGUCAUAAUCAGUCUGAACAAUUAAUGGUAUCAAGAUCGAAGUUCUUGUUAUUCACGUGCGCUAGGGCGAGUUCAUACUUUCCCAUUUGUACAUGUAUAUAUCUUAUACAAUUGGUUGUGAAAAUAGUUAUGUGCACACAUAGCUGUCAAUUUUGCUGCGUAUAUGAUAGACGUUAAGAUCUGAUAUCAUGACUGUACGUUGUAUAUGUGAGGGAGUUAUUGGAUCGCGGGUAUAAAUGGAAACUGUACAACAAAACAUUUCCUUAUAAGACGUUUUAUUUUGAGCUGCAGUGAUGAAUAAUGUUUUUAUCACCCCAUGACACCGACAUGAUAAUUGAGGAGGGGCAUAUAUUGUUAGCCACUUUGUGCUGCUUUUCCGUGCAUUAUGGGAUUUCAAGCUAAAUUGGCACGUAUAACUAAAGUAGCAAUAAUAGUUGUCUCGCGAAACAACCAAGUCUGUCACUUCAAGAUCAAGUUCACAAUGAACACUUGGAGUGUUCCCAUAUUCCUAAUAUGUUAAACUUAAAAUUAUGUGUUCCCUUCCAGUCUACAUACUGUAUCGUGCAUUAUAAGAUUUAUGAUAUAAUUCGAACAAAGUAUCAUCAAAAGACGACUUGUCGCAAAAAACAUAAUAAUGACAACAGUUAUCUCUCUAAUACCUACGUUAACGUGUAUAUGUUGGAUUGAUUGAUUUUUUUUUUGUUUUAAUAAUGUUCAGCACAAGACCACAAUCUUCCGAUGUCUUAUGAACCAAGUCCAUAUACGGAUAUAUUUUGAAAUGAUCUGUCUCCGUUUGUUUGCUAAAUAAAUCAUUAAAAUAUA